AUGGGCCCCCCAGCCAAUGCCGCCGACCCCCAACCUGUGAUCCCCCUCAAGAUCGAGUUCUCAGGUGGCCUAGAAAUUCUUUUCGCAGAUGAGCGACAUCAUUCGCUGUCACUCCCCGCCCUAGACAAGGAUGGCAGCCCGUCCAACAUCGGGUUCCUCAUCAACUACCUCUGCGAGAACCUGAUGAAGGACGAGAGAAAAGAGCUCUUUGUUCUCGAUGACCACCUCCGACCGGGAAUCCUUGUCUUGAUUAACGACGCCGACUGGGAGCUGGAGGGCGAAGAGUCAUAUGAGUUGCAGCCUGGGGAUAACAUUCUCUUCGUGUCAACCCUCCAUGGGGGACCCCCACCAAGAAUCGGCGUCGACUGGACCCCUGGUGAGAGGUCCUCUGAAGAUGGAGUCUCUCUCUGCAUAACAUAUAACAAGCGCCGGUCAGGAAGGCAACUCUGUUGUAUGGUUAAGAUGCAGUUGAAGUUUCAGCCGCGCAAGCAUAACACGACAUUUGAGGCGCAUCAUCCAGCCAACCAUCUCACUGGUUUCAUCGGUUCUUGCUGCCUCAAGCAUUAG